AUUAGAGUGAUCAGAAAUUUAAAUGACCGAUUUUGGAUAUUUCUGUAUACACUGAUUUAGUAAUCGAAAAUGAAUCCCAUGUUAUUUGGUGAAAGUAGCAAUGAAACCGAGAUAGAAAAUAAGAAUAUUGAUGACCAAAGUCAACGUAUACUUUGUAAACAAAUAGUUAAAGUAUGUCUUUAUAUUUUGUGGGUUCACACAAAUUAUUAUUUUACGCAAAGUCCUGUUCAACGUUUUCAUAGUCCUAAAGGAUUAAACAUAUCAAGAAGUCCAAACGAUGAUGAUGAUGAUGAUGGAGUAACAUCUUAUGAAUUAAAAGAAUUAAGACAGGAAUUGGUGAAAGUGUUUAAUAAAGCAUUUCUUGAAAAACUUUAUGCAACAAAUGAAGAAAAACCUGAUGAUAGUUUUAUACAUUACAUGAUUCACAAGAUCAAAAAAUUCUUACAAUUUGUUGAUUCUAAAAGAUUAAGUAGUUAAAAUGAAGUAUUUGUAUUUUGUUUUUAUUUUAUUUUUUGUACAUUUAUAUAAAUUGUGUACUUGUGACUUGUAUUUUAUACUAACCUAAUUAUUAUUAUCAUCUAUAUUAUAUGA